AUGGUCCAGCUUUCACUUGCAAUUGAUCAUCAUGAUCAAAAGCUCAAUAGGUGGAAGCUAAAGGCAAGUCAUUUCUUUCACAAAACUCUGAAUGAUGGUCAUACCAUUGCCCACAAACUUUCAACUAUCAAGUCUCACUCUGCAUUGGUCAUGGCCCUAUCCCAGUCUGAUCUUCCAUGGCUCAGACAGUUUUUGUCCACCCUUCUUAAAAAUGGUGCUGGUAUCAAUGCAAUCUUGCACAAAAUUGAGGAGGCCAUAGAACAUGGCUACAAACCCCACAACUAUACAAAAGAUGCCUAUGAUCUUGCCCUUCUUGUCUAUUGUCUUGGUGGUGCCAACCUGCUCUAUGCACUCAACCAACACCUCGCUCUCCCCUCUCUUCAUUCUGUCAUUCAGAACCAUUUCAGUACCAUCACAAUCACUCCAACAAUUGGACCAAUCACACUUGAUGCCAUUGCCAUGAAUAUCUCUGGCCACACUGCUCUGCAUGGGGUCAGCCUGCUUACAGAUGAAGUUGCACUUGAAGAAUGCACUGUUUACUUUCCCUCUGCAAACAGAGUUGGGGGUCUCUGUUGGAAGCAUAGUCAUGCUAUUGAUCCUAUACUCAACACCUUCAAGUUAGCUACACUUAUUGCCACCAAACUCACAUCUGGUGAGGUGCACCUUGGCAAAGAGAUGACUGUCGUUGCCAUGCAUUGCUUUGGUGAGGUUGAAACAUAUCCUGUACUUGCCACACCCUUAUGCAAGGAGGAGGACCACAAUGACUGGGAGAAGCUCAUGAAGACUACUAUUGAUGUGCGGUACUCUGGUGAUGCUCAAGAGAUGGUUGGCCCACUAUGGUCUUUUGCAACAGAUGGGGACUCAACCAGAUGCAAAGCUGGACAUAAGGUUUUUAUGAAGUCAAAGCUCAAUGAAUUGUCCUCUCUCUAUGGCAUACUGUCUGACCUUCCUGGCCUUAAUCUUUACACUGGACCACACAACAUGACACUUGACUUUGACCACAAACAUAUUAUCAAGUGCUUCUGUAUGAUGCUCUGCUCAAUGAAUGGCCUAAUGCUCAACAAUGGGCAUCACAUCAAUGUGAAGUUUUUGCCCCAGUAUCUUACCUGGCUUGAUGGCUGUGACUGCAUCAAGGCACAGAAGCUUGUCUACCCUGAUGACCCACAGGAUGUUCCUCAGGCAGUGGAACAUGUCAAGGCAAUCACACAGCUCAGUCACAUUGACCCCACACAGGUGCCAUAUACCCAGCCCCACUACCUAUCAGAUGGCAAUGCUAUUGUUGACUUUGAAGCACUCUCAAUGUUAGGUCAACUCUUGCAUCACCUUCUGGAGCCAUUUAUCAAUGUUACAUUAUCUCUGUCAGAACAAGUCACUCACCUGUCUGCCUUUGCUCAUUUACUCUUUGCUCUAUAUCAUGAACAUCAACAUGCCUUCAUGCCAAACCAGUUGUACUAUGAUAUGCAAACCAUGGUUAAGAAUGCCAUCUUUUGUAUCACAAAGCAGCAGCAACUCAAGCCUUCUGCAGAUUUCUAUCUCCCAGAUGUGGGAGACAAUGCCAUUGAGCUACUCUUCGCAUUCCUGCACAUGUGUGGUGGCCAUAACAGUGCAAUCAACUACAAGCAAGCAAUUGAUUGUCUGCAUGCAGUGAGGGACCUUGGAAGUAUCUACACUCAGAACCCAGACCUCAGCCAUGGUCAUCAUCAUCUCAACUUUUCCCACUCUGAGCAUGUCAACCACAUCAACCAUGAGAUGUGGAAGGGUGACCUCACAUCACACAGUUGUAACCUCCACACUGCAUGGACUCAUGGAUGUGCUAUUGCAUUGAGCCUGCUCAUUGGCUUGACUUGUGAUGCAAAUAACUAUGCUUUCAAUGUUCUAUUCUCAGAAUUUGAUGUGGACCUGCUCUCUGUGUUUGGUUGUGGACACUACCCAGGAAUCAAUGAUGGUGAUGAUGAAGACCUCAGUUCCAUCUUGCUGACUCCAGUCAGCAUCACAGUGGUCGAAUGUUGCAAGGAUCCAGGUGGGGUUCAGAAUGAGGAGGACUCCCAGGAAGUGCUUCAAGUCCAUGACAAUGAAAGAGAGGAGGUUAGUGAGGACAUAUGCAGUUUGGAAGAUGAGCUUGAGGACCAGGGUGUGCAAGACAGUGUCUUGUCAGCCAAAGGCAGAGAUCCUCUACUACCAUCACCACUGUCUGGCCCAGGGGUUUGA